ACCCGGAAGUGACCCAUUCAUGAUCUUUCUUGUCAUUGAUCUUGAAGCUGAUUUGAAUUCUGUCUCUCGCGUUAGGACACAAUGUCUGCGUUAAGCGGUGUCGUGAAGAAAUCGCUUCCUUUCCUGGAAUUUAAUGUCAGAUUUGCCCGGAAAUAUUUGCCGUUGUUAUUCUUUGCUGUUUCACUUGGAGGCUCGCUAUUGAAAGAACUGGACGUUGUGCCGAACACAUACUUCAGCAACAGGAGGAACCUUUUCAACGUAUAUUUUGUAAAAUUCUCCUGGGGAUGGAACCUGCUUUUGUUGCUCCCAUUUAUAUAUCUGUCCAACUCCUACAACAAAAACCUCACCUUUGCAUUUCAACGUCUCGCAUCCCUUGUGGUUGCCACAGCCAUAUGGUAUUCCUGCACUGAGAUAUUCUUCUACAUUGAAAAUGUCACAGGGGCAUGCUACGACAACACGCAAACCAUCCAGGACGGUUUGAGCACCAAGUCUGAGUGCAAAACGGCCGGCUUCUUUUGGGAAGGUUUCGACAUAUCAGGCCACUGCUUCAUAUUAUCUUACUCGACACUCCUAAUCAUGGAAGAAAUGGUUCCCAUGUUACACCUUGUCCAACACUACAAAAAUAGACCCACCUUUCUUGAUGCUUUGUACCUCGCACUCAACGCCAUUGCAGUUAUUUGGGUUUGGAUGUUUGCCUGCACUUCGGUGUACUUCCACAACAUGAUCCAGAAGUUCCUCGGGACGUCGCUUGGUGUACUGAGCUGGUAUUUGACCUAUAAGUUUUGGUACAUGAAACCUUUUUCACCAGGACUCCCACCUUACCAGAGCGACCAUAAACAACAUGUUUAAACUGAAAAGUUUACAACAACUUGCCAUUCAGUGUGAAGCCUCCAACCUUUUGACCAGGGUUAUAUUUGUAUGGUGCACUACAUGUCAAAUUUUUUCAAAGGUCCCUUCUGACCAAGGGAUUUGUGUGCUUGUUUGGCAGCUGGUGUCCCAAAACUGACUCUGUAACCAGAGAGUGCCUGCAAAGUCUAAAGUAUAUUGUUGCCUUUUAAAAUGUGACCACAAUAGGGAAGUGUGUGU